UCGUGUUUCGACGGUCUUCUUAGAGGGCUGGACCGAAGACGGACCACUCGUACAAACAGUCCGACUUGGGAAACAUUCCUAAUGCUAAAGGAUUAAAGAGCUACGCUGUAAGUCUUCCUUAUCGGAUGCUUUUGACGUUUUAGCCUUGCUGAAUAUUUCCACAUUAUCACGAUUUAAAUAAUGGCAUCUCGGUCGCCAUCGUCCUCGCCCGAUUCGGCUACGGGUUCAGGUACUGAUCCGGCUCGGCCUGACACAGGAGAGCCCCUCGGCGGGGCUGGUUCAGAUUCCGACGACUCGUCUCUGGAUCUUGCGAGAUUUGACUGUGGUGCAGCCGAUGUAGGCGACCGACUGGAAGGAGAAGAGCUGGAAGAGGAAUUCCAGGCAGCUGCGGACCGCGUAGGACAGCUGGUUCAGACGGCCAGUAGAGACCAGCUGCUCUACCUGUAUGCCCGCUACAAACAGGUCAAAGUAGGAAAGUGCAAUACAUCGAAGCCAGGCUUUUUUGACUUUGAAGGACAGAGGAAAUGGCAAGCGUGGAAGCAACUGGGAGACUUGGAGGCAGAACAGGCAAUGCAGGAGUACAUCUCCUGUGUCAAUACUCUGGACCCUGAAGGAACCCUGAAGGGCGCAGAGAAGAGAACGGGCUUCGGCGGUCCGGCAGUCAGCUCUUUGUACCAGGAAGAAACUAUCAGGGAAGAGGAUAAGAACAUCUUCGACUACUGCAGGGAGAACAACAUGGAACACAUCGGCGCGGCCAUCAGCUCGCAGAAGGUGGACGUCAACGCAAAGGACGAGGAGGGUCGGGCAUUGCUGCACUGGGCCUCUGACCGAGGACAUAAGGAGCUGGUUUCUCUACUACUGCAGCACAAAGCGGAUAUCAACAGUCAGGAUGAUGAAGGCCAGACAGCAUUACAUUACGCGUCGGCCUGCGAGUUCCAGGAGAUCGCGGAGCUGCUGCUGAAGGCAGGCGCCGACCCGUCCAUCAGGGACCUGGAGGGCUCGCUGCCCGAGGACGCCACGGAGUCUGCUGCCGUCUCCUCCCUCAUACGCCAGUACGCCGUUCCUAAGGACUGAGGGCUCCCCCCCCCCCCCCCUCCUCCCAUCAUCCGCGUACUCCAACAUAUCCCCCCCUCCCCCCUUCCCCAGAACCCACCCCCCCCCCCCCCAAGCCUGAAGCCUACACUCUCCGGUUCAACCUGAAACCAACAGUUCCUCAUCCUACCCCUGCCUAUGUCCCGAGUCACCGCGGAAGCUACCAGGGGGGGGCGACAAUACGUGAUUUUGAUUUUAUAACGGUGAUACUAUAUUUUUUUUCUUCUGCAAAAUCUGUGAAUUAAGAGUGAAGUGAUCUUUGGCUCCUGGGUGACGGACAGGACCAUCAGGAGCAAGUGCUGCCCUGGUGCUUUUAUAUAUAUAUUACUCCUCCGUUGACCUUCGUUGGCCCUGGGUCCGACAACCAAAUACUCCCUCUCACUACAACCACUCGCCCACUUUGGUUCCCAAAUCUGACGUUGAAUUGUGAUCAAAUGCACUGCAUUAUUUAUCAUAUUCUGAGUUAUCAUACUUCCAGCAUUGUUUCCAUUGUAAAUUUGCUCAAUUCUGGUACAUUCCAAGGAAUGCAAUGACCAUUUGUCCUAUAUCGCUAUUAAAAUUUUCAACACAACACUUAUUUUCCUAAUGCCUGCCUAGGUGUUUGAAAGCACUGAUGUAAUGUAGUUGCAUUAUGUCGUCGUCAAGGCUUCAAUGUUCCCAAUCCGGCAGGCUGUGACUUUGGCUCUGCAUCACUCAGCGUAUGCAUGUUCAGGGGCAUCAUUUUAUAAAUUGUGGCUCACAACUCGAAGGUCAUGCAUAAAAAAGGAAAAAAAUUAACAAUGUUAUUUAUAAAUAAUAAAUAAUUUCUUUAGUAAAUCGGUA